AAAUAUUGUAAUAAACAUCGGGCUCAAGGUUCCGCUCUUUAGUUUUAUAUUAUUUUUUGCGUUUUUAUUUCGCUGUUUAUUUAAAUAAAUAACAAUGUCUCGUGCAUUGCACCAAAGAUCUAUUCUCAUUAGGGCUUUGAGAACCUCAAUUAAACAAAGUGAACAGCAAGUAAAAUCUGUGCACUCGGAUUCCGGUGAUCCAAGGUUCUACUCUCUAAUCCAGCAGGGAAACGCCAUGUUCCUGGAUGAGCAGAGAAGAAGUGGAAUCCUAUCUCACAAAAUAACUGUGAAUGGCGUUCGACUUCAUUUUGAGACAACAGGAGAUGGACCUCACACAGUUCUGCUGCUACCUGGAGCCCUUGGAUCCUCCAGAACAGAUUUUUCUAAACAGCUGUCUGAUUUUGACAAGAAGGAGUAUACUCUAGUAGCCUUUGAUCCACGGGGAUAUGGUAAAAGUAUUCCUCCAACAAGAACCUGGCCCCUGGAAUUUCUGCAGCGUGAUGCUGAUGAUGUUAACGGACUAUGUCAGAAACUUGGACUAAAACAAGCCUCAGUGAUGGGUUGGAGUGACGGUGGAAUAACAGCAAUGAUUCUGGCCGCUAAAAAUCCAGACCUGGUGAAAAACUUAAUCAUCUGGGGAGCCAAUGCCUAUAUCACAGAGAAUGACAUGAAAAUCUUCAACAGUAUUCGGGAUAUUGACACUUGGAGUGAGGCCAUGAGAAGUCCAUUCAUGGCUCUCUAUGGAGAGGAGUAUUUUCGGAAGCAGUGGUCUAACUGGGUGGAUGCUUACCAGGCAUAUUAUGAGAAACGAAGUGGUGAUAUAUGUAAAGAUGACUUAAAGAAAAUAAAAGCCAAGACUCUUAUUAUUCAUGGAAUUAAGGACCCAUUGGUGCCUCUGGAACACCCAGACUACCUGCAUCAUCAUAUCAAAGGAUCAAGGUUAUAUAUGUUACCUGAGGGGAAACACAACCUUCAUAUCAGAUACUACAGAGAGUUUAACUUCUUGGUGGAAAACUUUUUGAGGUCAUCCAUGAAAUCUCCGAGUCAUCUGUAGCUGUAACAAGAGACACACCAUCAAAGAAUAUGUGCCUGCAUUAUUUGUUUCUAUACAGGAAUCAUGUACCGUACACCUUUCUUUUUUUUUUAAAUUUUGUUUACACAUUUUUCAGAAACACCUGUAAAUGACAGCGUAUGUGUAUUGUGCUUAAUUUGAUUUGAUGGAUAAACUACUCUGUUGAUGUACUGGUAAUUAUACAGUGUUAUCAAGCUUAUGAAAAGGUAGUUAAUCUUGAUGAGACAUCUAGGCAGCAUAAUGUUACAGUAGGGGUAAGUGCAAGUAUAGUACAUGUACAGCUAGUGUAACAGUACCUCUGGUCAUUGUAGCAUUACUAGCAUGCUGCAUAUAGCUCUUGUAAUAGCAGAGCACAUAUAGUCACAACAGUACAAAAAGCUACAGCAUAGUUUUUUUUUCAGGUAGCAACAGCAUAGUACAAAUAGCUUAAAAAAAGUACAUAGUACUUUUGUAACAGCAGAGUACUGCCACAACAGUACAAAAAAAAGCUAAAUAGUACAUAUUCAUGUAUGUUCAAAAUUGUACUGAUCAUAGUUUUUACAGCUAAAAUCUAGUACAUGUGUAAAACAACCCUUAGUACUGUAUAGAUAGCUUUGUAUAGAUAGCUUUGUAUAGAUAGCUAAAUUUUCUCCUUUUCUUAGUCAGAAUUGCCAUAUACAUGUAUAUACAUGUACUAUUAAUUGUCAUUUUAAAAUAAUGUGUCUUUUAAAAUGUUAAUUUACAAAAAAUAUAUUUAUAAUGGCUUAUUUAUAAAGCCAUCAAAAGUUAGAGUUAUUGACUUUUGACUAAUGUAUAUAGUGAAUUUGAUAAUAAGAUUGAGUAGCAAUAGACAUGUUGGGACAAUGUGUUACUAAGUGUAUGUAUCCCGCAAUUCACCCCAACUUGCACAAAACAGCCAUAACUAGUAUUUUUGCAAGCCAUAACAUGCUUGUGUGAUUUGUAUGUAAUGACCUGGGUUGGUUUGAAACCUUUUAUUGCAUUACUAUCUUUGUUAUACCAGCAAAUUGUUUUUACCUGCAUCUAUAAAAUUGAAUGUCUUGAAAACAUGAUGAAUGUAUGCUAGUUCAGAAAAAUAACUUAGACACUCCUUCAUGUGAGUCAGUCCAUAGUUAUCUAUUGUGUAGACACUCCAUCAUGUGAGUCAGUCCAUAGUUAUCUAUUGUGUAUACUUUAAUUAAUGUUGUGGUAACUCCCGCUAGAUCUUCUAAUUUGAAAUUGCUUUUUUAAGAUUUUUGUUACAGUAUGUAACAGUAAUUAAGUUAUCAGAUAUAACAGGUAUAAAUUGAUUAAAAAUUUAAGAGAUUGCAAAUCAUUUAUUUAGCUGGUUUGUAAACUGGCAAAUCAUUUAUUUAGCUGGUUUGUGAACUGGCAAUUAUAAGCAGACGUUAUUGUUUUUACAUGCAUAUAAAAUUACUAUUAUAUUACAUGAUUUUACUAUCAUUGUGUGUUUUGAGAAUAAAAUUGAUAAAAUGUGAGCAUAAUGUUUAAGAAUGAAGAUUUUUAACAUCC